AUGGCAAGUCAUCGGCAGGGAUCAGGUCCGAGUAUCAGAGCAGUAGCUCAAUUCUGGAGAAUUCAGUCUUCCUUUCUUGAAUUUCUAUCACUAAUCCAUCUGUUUCACCAUCCUGAUACUGCUGAAACCUCAAUAGUUCCAGCUACUGCUGGAAAUGGUGUCAAUCUUGACCCAAAUCACCCCUACUUCCUUCAUUCCUCAGAUGCACCUGGAAUGAGUCUAGUGAAUGCAGUCUUCGAUGGCAGAGGUUUCCAAGGCUGGAGGAGAUCUGUGUUAAUAGCUCUCUCAGUAAAGAAUAAGCUGGGAUUCAUCAAUAGAAGUUGCCCAGCACCUGCUGCAACCUCAAAGGAUCAUCAACCAUGGAGUAGGUGUAAUGAUAUGGUCACCUCAUGGUUACCGAACUCACUGUCCAAAGACAUUGGAGACAAUAUCAUUUAUUCCAAAUCUGCAAUGGAUCUGUGGACUAGUCUUGAACACAAAUUUGGGCAGUCCAAUAGUGCAAAAUUAUAUCACCUACAGAAGGAAUUACAUGGGUUAUCACAGGGAACAAAUGUCAUAGCAACUUAUUUCACCAAACUCAAAAGCCUAUGGGAUGAACUGGACUCAUUGAAGUCAAACAUGAAAUGUAAUUGCACUUGUGUGUGUGAUGGAAAGCAAUUAUUGGAAAAAUCACAAGAGGAUGAAAGGUUGAUUCAUUUCCUCAUGGGCUUGAAUGAAGCCUAUGGUCAACCUAUAGGAAGCAUCUUAAUGAUGAAUCCUCUACCAAAUAUCAAUCAUGUCUAUUCAUUCAUUCUUCAAGAUGAAAAUCAGAGAGAGAGAUAUGUUAAUCCUCUAAUAUCUUCUGAUUCUUCAGAUUUCAUGGUCAAAGUUUCAGAUUCAGGGAGUUCAAAUUCAGAAGUAAAUGCUAAUGCAGUUGCUGGUACAAUUGUGAAAUACUCCGGAUCUUGUUUCUCAGUUUUUAAUUCCAGCACUUGGAUAAUAGAUUCAGGGGCCUCUGAACAUAUGUAUUUUGAUUCAAAUGCUUUUAUUUCACUUACCCCUCUCCAUGUGUCUCUACACAUUAACCUUCAUGAUUUCUCUAGGAUAACAGUCACUCAAAUAGGAAAGAUAUCCAUUCUUCUUAACUAUGUUCUGGAGAAAGUUCUUUAUGCCUCUUUAACGAAGAGUUCUCAAGUUUUUGGUGAAGCGAGAAAUGGAUUAUAUCUAUUGGAACCCACUGCUAUCAACUCUAGGAAUAGUACUCAAGAAAAUAUAGUUUCAUCUCUUAAGCUUAGUGAUUCUGUUAAGAUUUCAGUACCUUUUCCUUUUUCUGCAAAUGUUAUCUCUCAUGUAAACCUUUGGCACAUUAGAUUGGGAGGAACUUGGACAUUUCUGUCAAGCACAAAGAGCAAUGCAUUUGGGGUUUUGAAAAACUUCUUAGUCAUGAUUGAAAGGCAGUUUGGAGUCAAAAUACAAAAGCUAAGAACAGACAAUGCAUUUGAGCUUGGAAGAGGCAGUCAAGAAUCUGCCUUCCUUUCCUCACAAGGGAUUCUUCAUCAAAUAAGUUGUGUGAAAACCCCUCAACAAAAUGGAGUAGUUGAAAGAAAACACGGGCAUCUUUUGGAAAUUGCAAGAGCUCUAUUAUUUCAAUCAUAUGUUCCUAUUGCCUAUUGGGGAGAAUGUUUACUAACAGCUACUUAUUUGAUUAACAAGUUACCCCCCAAAGUUCUCAAAGGAAAGACACCUUUUUCUAUGUUGUUUAACCAACCUACAUCCUAUAAUCAACUCAAGAGUUUUGGUUGUCUAUGUUAUGUGUCUACCUUGUCUAAUGGCAGAAGUAAAUUUGACCCAAAAGCAAAAGCUUGUGUGUUUUUGGGUUAUCCUCUAGGACAAAAGGGAUACAAACUGUUGGAAUUAGACACUAAGAAGGUUGUAGUAUCUAAAUAUGUUCAUUUCUUUGAGGAUAAGUAUCCUUUUGCUUCUAAUCCUACUUCCUCCUCUUCAGAUUCUACAUUCCCCAUCACUUCUCCAACAGAUACUACUUACCCCAUAUCUCCACCAAUUUCCCUUUCACUAAAUACAGACUCACUUGACUCUCCAAUUCCUACUAGUGAUCACUCACCCCAUAACUUCAGUUCACCUAGUUCUAGUAGCAGUAGACAGAGUUUCCCUUCUUCUCCAAUCCCAGCUAGUUUCCAUUCACCUCAUAUUGGACAUUCAUCUAGAAACAGUCCCACAUCUAGCCCCCAUUCACCUAGGAGAAAUUCUCAUGAUCAUAUUUUGAAACCACCUGUACCUAGGAGAUUUGGUAGAGAAACUCAAUGGCCAAGCCAUUUCAAGGAUUACAUUUGUAAUAAAUUUUUUCUCACUCAGUUUACUGAUUUUUGUCUAGCACAACCUGCUAAGCCUAAUGUUUACUCUUUUGGAGCCUUAUCAGCACAUAAUCAACACAUCAUGCAGUCCAUUUCAGAAGUACAAGAGCCUGUUAGUUAUUCUCAAGCCUCUAUGCAUCCUGGUUGGCAACAGGCCAUGGAUUCAGAAAUUGCAGCUCUACAAGAGAAUCAUAAUUGGGAUGUGGUGUUAUUACCUAAAGGGAAGAAGGCAUUGCCUUGCAAAUGGGUUUAA